UGGCCAUUCUUUAUGACGUUUGUUGUGUCGAGUUUAUUUCGAAGGAGCGAUUUGAGAGUCGUGAAUCCAGUUAUGUCUGAAUAAAAAGCUACACAUUCAGUUAUUACAACGACUUAGUUGGCCAGAAACUUGACAUUUAUCGGCUGUUUUUCAGGUGCAGUUCUAUUGACCAGGCCAGGAGUGUAAUUAAUCUUAGAGAACCAUGUCACUUUACGACGACAUGGGGGUCGGCAGUGCGACCAGUGACACCAAGACCGAAGGCUGGUCCAAGAAUUUCAAGCUGCUGCAGUCACAGCUGAAAGUGAAGAAGGCAGCUCUGACCCAGGCUAAGAGUCAGCGGAUGAAACAGGGUACUGUCCUGGCUCCAGUCAUUGACCUAAAGCGAGGAGGUUCCAGUGAUGACAGACAGAUAAUAGACACACCCCCACACAUUGCUGCUGGCCUCAAGGACACGAUUCCCAGUGGGUUCUCCUCGGGGGAAGUGCUGAUUCCCCUGGCAGAUGAGUAUGACCCCAUGUUCCCCAACGACUAUGAGAGGGUGGUGAAGAGACACCGUGAGGAGAGGCAGAGGCAGAGAGAGCAGGAGAGACUAAAGGAGAUGGAUGACAGAGAGAAGAAGAGGAAGGACAGAAACGAGGGCAGCGUCGCUCCGAGCGGCUUCUCCCGCUUCCCCACAGCAGAGGGCGAGUCCGACGAGGAGGAGGAAUACGAGAAGGAGAAGAGGAAACGAAGUAUGGGCGGAGCAGCCAUCGCCCCACCAUCGUCGUUGGUGGACAGUAGAGAUGGCUCGUCAUACCCUUAUGAGGACGAGGGACGCCCCCCCCGUGGUUCUAAAGCGGCCAUCCCUCCCCCCAUGUAUGAGGACUCAGAGCGCCCCCGCUCCCCUCCCGGCGGUCCCACUAACUCAUUCCUUGCAAACAUGGGAGGGACGGUGGCCCAUAAGAUCAUGCAGAAGUAUGGCUUCAGGGAAGGCCAGGGCCUUGGCAAGCAUGAGCAGGGUCUCAGCACGGCGCUGUCUGUGGAGAAGACCAGCAAGCGGGGUGGCAAGAUCAUCAUAGGGGACUCCACUGAGAAGACACCAGGAUCCAGUAGCCAGACUGCAGCGGCUGAGCCUUUAGGCUGGGGCUCGGCUUCUAUAGCGGACCCCUCUAAGAAGUCUGAGCCCAACCCUCUCACGGAGAUUCUCAAAUGCCCCACCAAAGUGGUGCUGUUAAGGAACAUGGUGGGCAGGGGAGAGGUGGAUGAAGAUUUGGAGGGAGAGACCAAGGAAGAGUGUGAGAAAUACGGCAAAGUCAUCAAAUGUGUCAUCUUCGAGAUUGCUCAGGUGACAGAUGAUGAAGCGGUGAGGAUAUUCCUGGAGUUUGAGAGAGUUGAGUCAGCCAUCAAAGCUGUGGUGGAUCUGAACGGGAGAUUCUUCGGUGGUCGGGUGGUGAAAGCUUGCUUUUAUAACCUGGAUAAAUUCAGAGUGUUGGACUUGGGAGAACAAAUGUGAGACAAACACACUAUGUCCAACCUCAAUGAAAAAUUCCCUGAGCCAAACACAUACAUGAUGGUGUGUCAUUGCCGGUAGCUUUGUUGUCUCUGUAUAUAGCCCAAACAUUUAUACUCCCAAUAGCAGCAGUGUCUGUAUUUAGUAGAGUUUCACGUGUAAUAUCCGUUUUGCCAGCAGAGAAACGACCUAUUACCUUGAUUUGUCCCGCUAUGUGUAAACCUAUAUGUGAAAACUGAAAAUAAAUGUCUUUAUUUUA